AGUUUGAGGAAAUUUGGUGAAUUAACCCUAAAACAAGUAAAAAAAUAAAAACUGUCACAUCACUUCCUAAGCACCAAAUCCACCAAAAACCAAAAUUUCAUGGAGAUUUUGAGGUUGAUUUUUUAUUAGGAUAAAAUUCAGCGAGAUUUGAAUAGUUAGAGCUUACUCUUUUGGUUUUGAUCUAAUUAAUUGAGAAUGUGAAGUUUUCAUAGGUUUCUCCGGAAAAAAAAAGUGUUUAUUUUCCAUGGAAGAGAAAAAAGGUUAUAAAGGAAGUUUAGUAGUUUCUUCAAAUCCCAAAGCACUUCCCAGGAGUAGUUAUAGGCAAAUAACUGCGAUAAGGAAUCGUAGAAAUGUUAAGGGUGCAGCAGGUCAUGUAGCGAUAUUUUUGCUCAAAGUUGCUGCAUUAGAAACAGUUAGGCGGGUCUCAAAGGCCAAGUGUCCCUUUUUAUGGCGCGGUUUUCAGGCUCUGCAAGUUAUUUGCUAUCCGCCCUUUAACUUUUUCCAGAAAUGGGUUCCCUUUAAGGGUUUGGUUAAAGGAAUGCAGAUGUUGUCGAGGCCGCUAUUGGUGCUUUCAAUCGCGACAUCGCUUUCUGAUCAAGAAGAGUUAGUUGGCGAAGCCUCGGUGCGUAGAAGUGGUCCUCUGGUGAAUACAGAAUCGCAUUCCGAGGAACCCUCUUUGCAGCCGGCCUUGGAUGCAAGUAAUCAUGAAGCUUCCCAAAAUCUGGAGUGUGAAAGCUGGUUGGGUAAACUCCACAAGGAGCUGGAAAAUCAAGGAAUUAGUUUACCAGAGAGAAUCAAUUAUGAAGAUCUACGUAGAUUUUAUACAGCUGCAAAUGGUGACUUUGUAGUUUUCCUAUCAUCGAUUAAAAAGACAAUCAAAUGGAGGGAGACAUAUAGAAUUCUUUCUCCAGAAGAGCUUGAGACAUGGGCGAACAUGGUAUUCUGGCAUGGAUAUGAUCUCAUGCACCGACCUUGUCUCAUAGUACGGCUUGGGCUAGCUUGCUCCUGCUUGCCAUCUCAUGACAGGCCUCGUUUUGCUCAGGCAGUCAUAUCUCAAGUUGAGCACGGAAUCAUGUAUUUAGUUAGUCCAGAGAAUCCUGAAGUUACAGUAUUAGUGGACUGUGAAGGAUUAUCCCCUUUCAAAAUUCCCAUGCAAGUAAUGAGAUCAUGUUCUUCCCUCUUGCAAGACCACUACCCCAACCGUCUUGGCUGUUUAUUUGUUAUACGGCUUCCUCCAGUUGUUCGUGUCAUUGCUCAGACUUUUAUUCAGGUUUUGAAACCAACUACAAGGAAAAAGUUAAAAAUUGGAGGAGAAACGUACCGCAAAAUUCUCUUGGAGAAUGUUCAGACACUCCCAUCAUAUCUAGGUGGAGACUGUAGAUGCACAAAAUGUUUAAAUAUUGGUAUGGAUGUGAAGCGUCCACGCAUAGACCAGUUGAACAAGUUACAGACAAAUGAAGGUGUUAGUGACAGUGAGGAUACAUCUGAACUUGAUCUGAUUUGUCAGGAUGAUAUUGACCCGAGUUGGAGCUAUGACCAGGUAUUGAGAACUGCCAUAAUAGGUCUGCUCAUGUUUUGGGUUCUUAUAGCUGUCAUGGCAGGAUUAUCUGAUCCUGAAUUUCAAUCUCAAUAAGAUGAAAGUGGUGCUCUUUCUAUUACAGUCCAUCCAGUUCUUUUCUUUUUCAAGCCUCUGAGUGGUUUGAUAGUUUGAAUGUGUCCAUUGUCCCCAUUGUGUUUAUAUAUUUUCUGCCUGAAAUUUGAUGCUGUAUUAGGAAAACUAGGUUCUUUUGAUCGUUGGAGCUCUAUAUCGUUGUCCAUAUGAAGUUUUAUAUAAGGUUAAUAAGUUAUUGUCAUAUUCUUAA